UUGUGUAUUCUCCAUUUUGACGUAUAUGUGUGCGGAUAAAUCCGUGUAAAUCAUAUCACGAAAUUUCCAGUGUCGAACCAACUCGCAUUAUCUCCUCAAAUUUUGACCAAAUAAUCGCUAUCAAAACAAAUAAGUUUCAAACAGUUGAAUAAUUGUAUCAAUUGUUUCUUGUCCUUCUCACAAAUAAAAAUGGUCGAGGAAAAUCAAAAACGGCUUCAGGCGGAAAUUGACAUUUACAAGCAAAUACAGAAAGAUUAUCACAAGGCUGUCGUCAAACGUCAACAAUUGGAUGGACAAUUGAAUGAAAACACAGCUGUGAAAGAAGAACUUGAUCUUUUGAAGCCAGGAAAUGAAGUGUUUAAAUUAAUCGGUCCUGUUCUCAUUAAACAAGAUUUGAUUGAGGCUAAACAGAAUGUAGCUAAACGUAUGGAAUACAUUUCUAAUGAAUUAAAGAGGACGGAAGAAUUGAUUGCCGAACUAGAUAAGAAGCAAGAAACCCAUCGCGAAAAUUUGGAUAAAUUACAACAACUUUUCCACCAAGCCCAAAUGCAAGCAGCAAAAAAAUCUUAGACUACAAAACUACCAGGAAGAAAUGAUUUUUAUUUUCAAUGCCGUUGAAUGUAUUCUCUGAAAGAUUGAAUUGAAGAUCGACAUGAACAUAUGAUUAUUAUUUGAAAUUUAUUUGAAUUCAACCCUCAAUAAAAAGAACUUCAAACAA